CUAAGAGGGUUCAAAUAAGGCAACGUAUUCUCAGCUUGGAUUUGGAAAGUGUUUCACCUUUUUUCCAACACGCUGUUAAGGUGAAGGAAAGGUGAAAGGUCUCCUACUGUUUUCCUGUUGUUAAUCCUCUUGGGACUUUACAGCUACAACUCCUGGCUCUGGUGCCAAAUUCAGCCCGACUAGUCAUUAUAUAUGGCCAGCUGGGAUUGAACUCCAAAAUAGAUUCAACACCAAUUCUUGUUUCAUUGCAGUCCGCUACAAGGAAAUGUUUUCUUCUGCUGUACUUAAACGCUAGUGGCUUAGAGCCGCCAGCCUUCACGAUAAUGACCUCUUUUUAUAGAUGAAAUCUCAUGUGAUCAAGUGUAUUAAAACCAAGUGGAAACAAGUGGAUAACACAUCAUGGAAGUGGACAUGCUUGUGGUGGUGUUCUGUGUUUUUAAAGGGGUACGGCUGUCACGAUGUGCGCACAAUUUGCUGUACUCAUACUUGUGAAAUGAACAAUCUAAGACUUCAGAAAUUUGAAAAACUGUUGACAAAAGAAGGGGCUUCUAGGAGAGACACCUGAGUGAUUCUUACUUUUGUAACCACAGAAAAGUUAAUUAGCCUCCAGUGAGUGAAACCAGUGUCGCUGUCUUUUUUGGUUCAGUUUAAAGGAGUGUCAUUUUUGAAUUGAGAGGUCAUGAAGAAGCCUGAUAACUAACUGCUGCAACAGUUCAAAGAUAAGUGAAACCUUGCCAUGAAGUCUUUCACAGACUGGUAACGCUUCUAACUGAAGUCGACAGCAGACACUGAAAACACGUUUACAAACUCGACGAAGGUCCUCCUUGCUGAAGCAGCACUUGCCUCUGACGUCCAAAGCUGCUCUGCUGCAGCCAAACAAAACCCUCCCAAAAGUGCUAUAACCAUGACAGUCAUCGUGCAAUAAUCCUUAAACACUGAACCGUUAGAAAAGGCGGACCGACUGGGUUUUGAACGCUACUGUUUUUAAUUCCGUAAAUGGAGCAGAGCUGAGGCUGGCUGAUGUGAUGAGCGGUGCGUGUGAUGUUUUGUGAGCGACAGGCCUGACUGGUCCAACAGCCGUGGAAGUUGUAAAUCACACCACGGGGAAUGCCACUUUUCCUGACUGGACCUCUUGUGACAGCCUCUGGUGCGCUGUGCACCGUCACAUUCAGACUCUACCGAGGCUGCGCUGUCGUUUUCCUUUGAGUUGUUGUUAUUAAAACGUGACCAAUAUGAUGGACGACCCACUCUUUCUUACAUCUCCACUUAUGGCUCCUGGUCGCUACGCUAGCACUAGCACCCUCAGUGAUCCUCAUACAGUUUGCUGUUGAAUCACUCAGUCAGAAGAUAACAUCUGCUUUGGAUCCUCAUGUCCUGAUCUCCAGUGUCUGAUCGAAUGACCAAACCUUCAGCCUGUGAAGCAGCAUUAUCAUUAUCAUUCCCUCCCUUCAUCAGCGAGCCUUCUCUUUGUGCACGAGCUGGAGGUGGGAGGCUUUGUUUCUGUUUCAUCUUCACCAUUUGGUUGUUUGAGUCAUGGUCUAUCUGCAAAUCAUCAACCCAAACGGGUAUUUAUAAAGAGCAGGAUGCGUUGUGAGUCAAUCUAUGCCAAACAGACUUGAAAAUAUUCCGUUUUGGGUCCUGUCUUCCUCCUCUUCUGAGCUUGAUAAGACCCAGGACGUAACAUCUAAUUCUUCGCUUCCUUGCCAUGUCAUGAGUCAGUGAGUUGGUGGAGUUAUUCUCAGUGGAGUUGGUGCCAGUCUUCGCUGACUCAGGAGUGAAAGCCCUGUCAUGUAAGCCAGCUGUCUUUACCUUUAAAACAUCUUUCAUGUGGGAACAGAUCGGUAAGACACUGUGAGCUUUGCAGCCAGUGUGUCUCUCUUUUCUUGGUGAGUGCCAUUUCCUGUUUAUUUUUGGAUGCAGAUGGUCAAACUACUUUUCCUUGAUGCCAGGAAGCCUGAAUUGUUUGGCAGUUGUGCACACUUAAAUACAGUUUCCAUUUUAAGAUCAUUAUGCAACGAUACAAGUCCUGGAAAUAAGGUGAACCCUGAACUAUCAUAAAAAGUUGUCAUUGCCUACCACUCAAAUGUUGCUCCUUUCAAAUUUAAAAACAAGCUCAACAUUUUUUUUCUUUUUUGUCCGAACCUGGGAAUCUCUUGUCGAUACUGUGUUUUAUUCUGUGCUGCGAAGAAUUCGCAUGAGGAUGUAGUUUCAAACUGAAACGUGUGAGUCAGAGGAAGGACUGACUCGUGCUGGUCACAAGGCUGGUGGAGAUUCUGGUGACUUCUCCUCUCUUGCGGGGUUUUUACAAGGAUCAUGUUGAGCGGCAGUGAGGCAGGAGAGAAGUCAGGUUCCCCUCCCCACUGUCUCCUGACAAACAGGUGGAGCAAGAAGCGAGUGCUUACGACACUCGGCCUGACCCGGUGACUCAGACUUUGGGCAGAAGCCACUUGUCCUACAUUCAGACUCCAAACUCUGCAAUUUUUUUUGCUGUAAUCUUUUCACUAUUUGCUCAGUCAUCUGUUUGCUCUCGUUUCUGAUAUUUACCUUUGUGCUGGUGCAAAUGAAAACACUGGUGCAGCGAGUGAAACGCAAGUGAAGUUCUUCUUCGCUGUGACUCUCAGAUGAGUCACCUGUUUACUACCUUGUUAAAGUUUAUGAAGGAGCAGGAAAGGUGUGUGUGCUUCCCCUGGAACUCACCCGCACCCGGCGCCACCAACAGGCGAGGCGAGUGGGCCGCAGGCAGGCCUUCCAUUGAGGAAGGACAGGGGACUUCCUCUGCUGCCAGCCCUCAAUUAGAUGAACUCAGCGGCUGCUCAGUGCGGCCCAUGUGACCUGAUGCCGUGUGAUCAAUCAUAACUGAUGCUUUAAUGGAGCACUGGGAGGCAUUGCUGAACAUGUUCACCUUCUGGGCGUGAGAACAGCUGAACUGUAAACAUCGAUCCUCCGGCUCCUCCUCACUUGUUUCACAAUUCUGAACGAUUGCAAUGUGGAAAUAUCUCAAAAUAAGGCUUGUAUUUAUCAUGAUUAAUAUGGUCUGAAAUUGAUCGAUGAUAUCUUGUGGAGACAACAAAAACACUAUUCAACAUUUAAAAGUGAGCGAUGACUGCAGUGUGAACAUGAAGUUAUUUCUCAUUCCCGAAGACGACUAGUUGAAUGAGCUGUUCAAAUUGCUAUUUUGCCUGAAUGGACCACACAUUAUCCUUGUAUCUUAUGAAUAACUCCAUUGAUAUUCUAUUUUAUAUUUGAGUGAGAUUGCACUAAUAUACACAUAAUCUUCAGAAAACACUUGUGACAGACACAUUCCGUGUGAAACUGUCGUCCCUCCAUCAAGUGGAUUAUAUAACAUAUCAAUUCUGAAUUUUGUGAAUGCACGACCCUCCCAGAGUUGUCAUUAGAUGGACACCGUUCAAGCACCGAAACGUGCAGCUCAGUCGGGAAUCACCUGCUAUUGCUUUGACCCUGAAUCCCCCAAAACAUUCCAAGUUUUGUCCCAGAACCUUUGCUCUGACAACUUCAGAAUUUUGCCACCUCUUCAACCCUUGACAGCACCUCCAUACUUUCACCUAGAAACACCAUUAAAAGCUUAAAAUGUUGCUGCACUCCUCCACUGUUGGCCUGAGAUCAAAAAUCUGUGCCACCUGGAAUAGUUUUUCAUCAAGUCAACCUCAAAGGAGAAAUAGGGAACAUGUGAGAUUUAGACUGAGAUUAAAAGUGGAGGAGAACAGGUAUUUCUUUAUAACAUUGCUCUGAGUAAAUGGUGCGUCGCAGUAAAAUGAUGUUUUUCCAGUUUUGUGGACACACUUGUCUCUCGUAUGAUGUACUCAGGAAAUAUUCAGAAUUUGGGCAAGACUCACAAAUGUGCAGACAAACCCUGCACAAAAUCUGGAACUGCUUCUUCAGAAACCCAAAAUGCCCGGCUGGUCAUUUCCUCACAGUCCACCGACUCAGGAGUUCAGUGAUGACCAAGCAUUCCAGCCUCCUGGCUCCUGACUUAGUGGUCUUUCUCCUGUUUCACUUCAUGGACUUGGAGCGCGUCAAGUGAGAUGAAUAGUAUCUGAUCACUGCCAUGAUAGAGGAUCCUUUGAGGUUAAAAAAAAGAGCUUAGCCAAAAGAUAAAGCUGCAGUUUCUUAUCAGCUUUUGUUUCUUCUCUCACUAAGAAUGAGCUGGUGGCCACAAUGAGCUUCCCUGAGAGGUUCUGGGGUUGAACUCCAUCAUCCACAGUCGCUGUGCCGCUUAUCCGCGUAGAAACAAGCCAAUUAAGUUGAUCCGAGCGUCUCGUAAGGAUGUCACCUGGUCAUCUUUUGGGGAGAUUCUCAGUCGAGCUGCCGCUUUCUUGUCACUUGCUGUUCCUGUGGAGAAGCGGCUCGAAUCACGACAGUCACGUCUUCGUGAUGUCAUGACCUGGAAUGCAGCCUUGAAGCAGACGUUUGAGAAGCCGCAGCAGCAUUUGCGAGCGCAUACUGUAACAGUUCUGUUCAUCCUGACCUGCGCCCUGGUCUACGUCACGCUUCUGGAGGAGACGCCGCAGGACACCACCUACAACACUAAAAGGGGGAUCGUGGCCAGUAUCCUAGUCUUCCUUUGUUUCGGGGUCACACAAGCGAAAGACGGACCCUUCACGCGGCCUCACCCAGCUUACUGGAGGUUCUGGCUCUGCGUGUCCGUCGUCUACGAGCUCUUCCUCAUCUUCAUCCUCUUUCAGACUGUCCAUGAUGGACGACACUUCAUGAAGUUCAUUGACCCUAAACUUGGGGUGGCCCUCCCUGAGCGAGACUAUGGAGGGAACUGCCUUAUCUAUGACCCAGGAAACACCACGGACCCCUUCCACAACCUCUGGGACAAGAUGGACGGAUUUGUUCCUGCACACUUUCUCGGAUGGUACAUUAAGACGUUGGUGAUCCGUGACUGGUGGAUGUGUAUGAUCAUCAGUGUGAUGUUUGAGUUCCUGGAGUACAGUCUGGAGCACCAGCUGCCCAACUUCUCCGAGUGCUGGUGGGAUCACUGGAUCAUGGACGUCCUGGUGUGUAACGGACUCGGCAUCUACUACGGGAUGAAGACGCUGGCGUGGCUGUCCAUGAAGCCGUACCAGUGGCAGGGACUGUGGAACAUCCCCACCUACAAGGGGAAGAUCAAGCGAAUCGCCUUCCAGUUCACCCCGUACAGCUGGGUCAAGUUCGAGUGGAAGCCGGCGUCCAACCUCAGACGCUGGCUCGCCGUCUUGGGAAUCAUAUUCAUGUUCCUGCUGGCAGAGCUCAACACCUUCUACCUGAAGUUCGUGCUGUGGAUGCCUCCGGAACAUUACCUGGUGCUGCUGCGCCUCGUCUUCUUUGUCAACGUGGGCGGCGUGGCCAUGCGCGAGAUCUACGACUUCAUGGACGACCCCAAGUUCCACAAGAAGCUGGGUCAGCAGGCCUGGCUGGUGGCCGCCAUCACCGUCACCGAGUUCCUCAUCGUGGUCAAGUACGACCCCAACACCAUCAUGCUGCCCAUCCCCUUCUUCGUCAUGCAGUGCUGGUUCCUGGGGAUCCUCCUCAUCUUCUGCUGGACCUUGUGGAGGUUCUUCAUCCGUGACAUCACGCUCCGCUACAAAGAGACCCGUCGCCGCAAACAGGAAGUUCACACCGAGCGACCGGUCAACAACGGCAGCUCAGCUGCCACCGGCCCGGCGCCAUCCGGGCGGAGCAAACUGAACGGCGCGGCCGAGACGCUGCGUCAGAGGAAGUCAUGAGCACGGACACAUGAACGCGCGUGUGGGGACUGAACCUGUGCCUGCGUGACGUCGGGUCAGUGACUGACAAUUUGUGUUUUAUUUAUGGGAGGGUGGGGGACCAACACUCGCGACCAAUGACUGAGUCUCUCCGUCGGAUCACGCCGUGUGUACAUAAGCUUAGUUUUCGUGACCGCAGUCGGCGCUGGAGAGAAAUUCUUGGUUUCCGUCGGCUGCUAUGCAAUCUUAACACCGGGCCUGCGCGGCAUCACGAGUCUGGAGGGUGUCAGAGCUGUGACUCGGUGAUCGGUCCAGAUGGAAAACAUGCUGCUCUUCUCUUUUAGGAGUUACACUUGAGUCGUUUUAGAUGAACUUCAGUCGCAAAUACCUUCAGAGCUUUCUCUGUUUCUGCAUUCAGAAGUACAGCUCCGGAGUUUAACUUAAAAGACAAAUUUGGCUUUCGUUGUCGCCACCUCCGUCAUUUUAUCAUAUUUUGGUAAGAAAUGUGAAAAUAUAAUUUGGGAGUCACUGAGCUACAGAUAUAUUUGGAAAGUUAAAUUAAGCUAAGAGGCUUAGUUCCUGUUAGCUCAAGUCAAACACAGUUCUGGGUUUGAAACCCGCAUGUUGACAUCACAAAUGUUGAAUGGAAAUGGAGCAAUAAUCAUUCCCUCUGGGCAAAUUAUGGGAUGUGGUGUUUGGCAGUUAUUACAUAAUUCACUUUUUUUUUUUUUAACGCUACAUUUUGGAUGAAGAUGGUGGCUUUAUCUUAAUCAAACUCUGUUUUGAACACCAAUGAUUUCAGCUUAGAUUUUCGACGUCCUUUUCUCAAAUCCAUCCUCAAAUAUUCACUCCAUAUUGAUACUUUCAUCUUCUCCCGUCACCGUUUUUGGUUCCACAUACUGCACACCAUAACGUGUGAAGAAACAGUGAACCAAUAUGUGGCGCAUCUUCAGUGGUGACGUGUGAACGUAAGACACUUGCAAUGUUGGGGGAGAGGAGUGGCGUGCCCUUGAGCAAUACUCCUCACUACUACCUGCCGCUCUCAGUCAGCUUCUUAUCGUCCUCGACUUUAACAUGGGCAAUAUUUCGGGUGUUUUUUUUUAGCGGUGACUUAUUUUGGAAGAUCGUGGUCGACGUCAGUGGACGUCGCACUGAUCUGAUUUCAGGCCAAAUUUGUUCGUUGGUGCACAUGACGACGACCAGCCAAAGUUUCAUGCUUAAGCCAUAACGUGAUCAGCCUCAAGUUUUAGUUUCAACCGAAGCCAUUGAACUGGACUCAACCCGGUUUCGUCGCAACCAAAGUGGACGUUGAUUUUGAAUGUGUGUAGACGUUUGUGGAAAAUAAACAUUCCUUGUUUUUA